AGAUAUAACGUUAUAGAAAUUAUAACUUUGGGAAAAAACUAGCUCAAAUUUUGCAUAUUACUUUUAAAAAACCAAAAGAAAAAGUUUUAGUUUAAAAUAUGUGUAAAGUUUACAAGUGCAAAAGCUGGAAAAUAUUCGUAAAAAGAGAUUGUAUAUCUGUAUGAGUUAAUUAAGAGAGUGAAUCUUAUUUAAAUAGCAAAGGAAUUUUCGAGGAUAUAUAUAUUGCUAUCAGGAUAAUUAAGCGCAACAGCUGAAAAUUAAUACUAAAUGAAAUCAAUCAUCCAGUCGUUUCGGGGAUACAGGAAUAAAAUCAUUUAAACAAACUCGAGUGUUUUAUCAAGAGAAAAAUUUGUGUUACGGCCAAUCAAAUAUAACAAUGAAAACCACUAUAGAAUUUGAGGAAUGUUUAAAGGAUUCGCCUAGAUUUAGACAAUUCAUCUCUAAAGAAGAAACCGAUAUCGAACAUUUGGAGCAGCGUUUAGAUAAAAUCAUCAAAUUGUGCAAUAUUGCUGUUGACUCAGGCAAAGAGUAUGUCAAAAAUCAAAGUGCAUUUGCAAUGUCUCUGUGGGAUUUACAACAGCAUUUUGCUGAUAAUAAAAAUGCUCAUAAUGCCUUGGGAAAGCUGAUACAUUGUUUUCAGGAAAUGAAUAAAUUUCAUACCAUUCUAUUGGAUCAAGCCACUCGUACGGUAUUAAAAAAUUUAUCUGUCUUCGUUAAGGAUGAUAUUAAUCAAGUGAAAGAUUAUAAAGGACAUUUCCUAAAAGUAUCCGAAGGCUAUGAUAAUGCACUAAUAAAAAAUGCUCAAGUAUGUUCUUCUAAAUUAAAAAACAUGACGAAUGCAAGUGUGAAUGUGUAUGCAUGGGCGAGUAAAAAUCGUACACAGGAAGUACAGGAAGCGGCCAAUAUUUUAUCAGCAACUAAAUCUUGUUUCCAACACACAGCCUUAGACUAUGUCAACUACAUAACAUUGGUACAGUCGCGUAAAGUACCUUCAAUAUUAUCAACGUUACUCGAUUACUAUCAAGCGUGCGUCACCUAUUAUCAUCAAGGUUUCGAUUUGUGCAACGAUUUUGAUAUUUUUUUUAAAACUAUUACCGAAGAUUUGAAUGCAAUGCGUUGCGAAUAUCAGCAGCUGGAGAAGGCGAUGCAAAAUCGUCACAUGAGUGUAAAUAGUUUCAAUGACUCGAACACGAACAGUGCUUCGAAUAAGAUCGAGGGUUAUUUAUUCAAAAAGAAAUCGAAAGGAUUUAAGACUUGGUGCCGUCGUUGGUUCUAUCUCAGCGAUAACCAAUUAGUGUACAGUGAUUUGGAUUCGAAUUGCAGAAAACGCUGUAACGAGGACUCAUUCUCCGUGAUGGAAGAAGAUUUACGUAUUUGCACCGUCCGACCAGUUAACGAUGGUGAUCGCCGUUUUUGUUUUGAAGUUAUAUCACCCGCGAAGUCUCAUAUAUUGCAAGCUGAUUCAGCUGAUUUGCUAGCCAUGUGGAUAUCGGCUUUACAGAGGAGUAUAGGCGCGGCCAUACAACAUGAUAGUCAACAUUCCCGACCCCAGUCUUCGUUAAAUACGAAUCCGUUAAAUGCCAAAAGAAAAGUACACUGGGAGCAAUUCCUGAAAAUUCCGGGUAACGCAGUAUGCUGUGAUUGCCGUGGUUCGGAUCCACGCUGGGCUUCCAUUAAUUUAGGGAUUACUUUAUGCAUAGAAUGUUCUGGUGUUCAUCGGAGUUUGGGCGUACACUACAGUAAAGUGCGAUCUCUAACCUUAGACGCUUGGGAAACUGAAAAUAUUAAAGUUAUGAUGGAAUUGGGUAACGAGGUUGUCAAUCGGAUUUAUGAAGCCCGAAUUGGUGAAAAUUGCGAACUGAAAGCGGCUACAGAAAAUUGCGAUAUUACCGUUAGGGAAGCUUGGAUCAAAGCUAAAUAUGUGGAGAAACGUUUCGCGUGUCCAAUGCCAAAGCCAAAUGAUCUAUUAUCGAGCGAGACUGCAGAGGUGCUCUCUAUAGAUAGCGCUAGUAAUGAUAUCAGUAAGAGAGCAACACUUUCUUUAGGUGCUCCGCGAAAGUGGGCAGUUAAAAAAUUUAGACGUCGAAAACGUCAGCGCUCCAGUUCAAAAUCUUCCGACGAUCCUAUAAACGAUGAAGAUGAAGACGACGAAUCUCUUAAUAUACCAUCAAUGUCUUUAAGUAUUUCACGGGAAGACUUAUUGAUAAUUGGAGACGAAUUAAGCUUGGAAACUUAUGAAGCACCAGGCAUAUUAGGUUCUGAUCAGGAAUCAACAGACGGCGAAAAUGAACCGGAAAUUAUCGAUGAAGCACUUUUUAAUAAAUUAGAUGCAAAUCUUAUGUUAUAUAAAGCUUCAGCUGCCCAUAAUUUGCCGGUUAUGUGUAUGGCGUUCGCUUUGGGAGCCGAUAAGAAUUGGCGAAAUUCGGAAGAUCAAAAUCGUACUUAUUUACAUCAGGCGGUAUUAUCGGGUUCUGUUAUGGCCUGCGAGUAUUUGCUAUUGAAUGGAAUACCUAUUGACAGUGUGGACGUGAACGGUCUUAGUGCUUUGCAUAUAUCUACAUCGAAAGGUUAUAUAGCUCAGGUGUAUUUACUUUUGAAACAUAAAGCCAAAUAUGAUAUAGAGGCGAACGAUGGUAAGAAACCUUUGGAUAUAGCAGUCGAUCAACGUAAUGCUGAUAUUGUUACACUUUUACGUUUAACGCGUCUUAACGAUGAGAUUGGCCUCAGCGAUGAAGGCAACGGUGAAGACGAAACAUAUAAAGAUGUUAUGAAAGACUUUUCCAACUUUGCCUCUAGCCAGCCGCGUAUGCUACGCAAUCGUAACGAUUCCAACACCUUGGAAUCUCAACGUUCUUCCAUGACCAAUUCCGAUUAAAAAUUAAUUCAUCCAAUUAUCUGUAUCUCUGUAUUUUUCUUAUGCGUAUUAUUAUAAUUGUUAUAUAUAUUUAUAUCAUUUAAAAUUAAAGCAAAUGCAAGAAAAAAAAAUCAGUCAUUCAUAUUAAAAUCAUUCUUAAAUGUUUAAGGUGCUUUAAGAUAUAUAGUGCCCAGUUAAGAGGGCAUGUUUAAUAAUAAUAUUUUAAGUGUAAAUUAAGCUAAUUUUGUAAUUUGUUAUUAAAAAAAAAUAACGUUCACACAAUUUAUAAUCUGUCAUAAUAAUUGUUAAAUAUCUCGUCAACUUGUUUUUUGUUGUUAUAUUUUAUUAUCAUUGUCUUUUUUGUACAAAAAAAAUUAUAUCGAACAUAAAAAUUCU